AUGAAGGAGAAAGGAGCUCUGGAAGGAAUGUGGGCAUGGGCCGAGACUUUCUCUCAAAGUUUGGUCCAGAAGAUCAAGUUGGAGGAGCCGGAUAUGCACUCUAGGCUGGUCCUCGUGAGGAAGAAGAAAACCGAGGAAGUGCUGCAGAGGAGGCACGGCACAGCGCGUGAUGACUCCAGUAGGGCGAACGGACAUAGAACUGUCCUGCGAAUGAAGCCGCACGAAGAAGAAUCGAUGCCUUCGGGUAACGAUGCUCAGAGGCAGGACGAGCAGGAUGCUGGCGGAGAGGAGGCGAAUCGUACCACGGAAAUACGAGCCACGGCAGUGAACAAGCCUUCGGAGAGUCAGAUGCGGAUCAUUCGUAAAAGUCGCAAUCUGGACGAGCUGAAUGACUGGCUUAGUGCUGUGAGGGAGAGAGCAGACCGUGCCAUGGAGAUUGAAGAGGCACUGAGCUCAAGGAUUCGUGAGCUAGAGGAUGAGAAAGGUCUCUCUCGCUCGCAAGCUCCCUCAGAGGCAAGUGGGAGGAGAAGCUUGUUGAGGGAACAAUCCCCAAGUCAGAGAAUGUCCAACAGGGAUGGGAGGAACGGAAAGAAUGGAGGAGGAGAGCGAAGUGAUGAUGAUGAAAACUCGGAGGAAUGGGAUGAGGAUGAUAUGGAAGGAUCGAUGGCGGAAAGGAAUGGUGGCCAUCAUGAAUUUUUUCACCAUGGAGGUGGGCAAGACGAUCCAAGUGAGUACUCCGAUAGGACAGUGCGGGUGGUGCACGUGCACGAGGACAGCCCGGCAGGACGGGAAGGGAACGUGCAGGUCGGGGACAUACUGAAGAGGAUCGGGGAGGAGGAGGUGUACAGGAAAAGCAUUUCCCAAGUCGCUCCCCGCAUCUUGGGAAAGAGAGGGACCGUGCUUCGGCUCGGGCUGCUGCGGCAGGUGGAGGGACAAUGGAAGGAGAUGGCGAUUUCGCUGCGGCGUGAGCCCAGGCAUGCUGCACGGGCUAACGGAGGACAGCAGCAGCAGGAGGAUGAAGACGAGGACGUGGACCAUGGAGAGGAAGAGGAGGAAGAACAGCAACAGGAAUCAAAGAAUGGUCACCUCAACAACAAACUUGGUAACGGAAGAGACGAUGAUUGGAGAAGCUCGUCAAGAAGCAACAACAGCGUUUCCUCGAGAGGAGGAGGAGGAGGAGGAGGAGGAGGGAGUGUAUCCUCGCAUACCAGGUCGCAGAGGAGCGAGAAGCAUGCACGAGCUAGCGACUCGCUCUCACAGGCGUCGUCGCGUCGCUCGAGCAGCUCCAAGUUGUCCAGCAGGAGCGGAACAAGCCGACAGUCAGCCCGAGGAGGGGAGACGGGGAGAGAGGAACGGGGAGGAGAGAGCGAGAGAUCAUCAGGAGGAUCGGCUUCAUCGCUGACAGCAGCAGACCGUUGCCUGCUCCACUUCGCCUUCUUCGGCAAACUAGCAGAGCAGAUGCAGGACCUGCCCAACGUGCUGCUGGACCUGGAGGUCCCGUUGCCCCCCGUGGACGAGCAGUGGCUGCUGAUGGAGCUGGAAAAGAGGAUGCGGAUGUGCGACGAUGAAACCUCCUCCUCCGUCACCGAGGGAUUCAUCUCCGACACGAGCAGCGUGGCGGGGAGUGCGGGAUGGUCGGACGGCAGCGUGCAGGAGAUGCAACAGGGGAAAGGGAGAGGAGGAAGGAAGGAAGCAGGGAGGAAGCGGGUGGGAAUCGAAGACUAUCUGCUAGGGAGGACGAACCCGCAAGUGGACAUGAGGAGGAGGGAGCGGAGCACGGGGAGGAAGAGGAUGAGCGGGACACUGUGCGUGAGGAGGAAGAAGGAGGGAGUGGCUGUGUGGCACCGGAGAUUCUUCGUGCUCUUUGACAGCCUCGAGCUGGUUUCCUUUAGAUCGAAGCGCAGGUUCGAGCGUGGAGAACCCCCCGAAGCGAGGAGGGUCAUAGCGGGGAACAAGGUGGGUGCGAUGCCCAGCAGCUUCCAGCAGCGGCACAGCUUCUUCCUGUCAAGGAGGGAGAAGGGAGGAGGGAACAUGCUGGUCUUGUCCGCCCCGUCCGAGGCUGCGCGGCGAGCAUGGAUUGAUCAGAUCGCUCUGCUGUGCUCGGAGGAGACCAUCCACAUGAAGAGGAUGUGGGAGGAGGAGGGGCUGGCGCCUGACGCGUCUGCUGCCAAGAUCGUCGACUUUCUGCUCGACCUCAACGCUGACGUCAACUGUCAGAAUCGCAGGGGCUGCUCCCCCCUCCACUUCGCAGCUCAGAACGGAGACGUCGCCUCCUGCCGUGCGCUGCUGCUUGCUUCCUCGGGCCUGAGGUUAGAGGCGAAGGAUGAAGAUGGGCUCACUGCACAGAAGAUUGCAAAGAAGGCUAGGAACCUGGAGAUUGAGGCGUUGAUCAAAGACGCGAUGGAGAAUGAGGAGCAAGAGAUUGUUCUUUGA